AUGGACAAGGCAGACCGACCGCCCUUGGAAGCUCUUGACCAACUUCCGGUCACGCCAAUAGCGCAACUCAGUCCUCAAAGCGCCGCUGAAGAAUCUCGGGUCGUUGACGGGGUUGUCACUAUUACCUGGCCAUAUAGCGCCGUGACAAAAUCCAUCGCAUUUAUUCUCGCCGAACACGACAUCCUCGUGCGCCGUGACCAUGGACAAGUUCGAAUUGAGCUUCAUGGUCCUUCUGGCAAAGCCUUUGCAGAUGCGAAUAUUGGCGGUGGGGACCAGCUUCGCAUCAGUUUAGAUGGCGCUCAGUGGACCAGAAUUGACGCCAAGACCGGUCUGCCAGUUGGGCCGCUCGAAUGGCAACUCAACUUUACCAAUCGCCUAUUACUUUCUGUUCAAAGACUCGGAUCCGAAGGCUCAACCGUCAUUGAUUUGAACGCGCCAGAAGACCUUGUCAACGGCGUCUCGGAGCCUGGUCCGAACUCGCGCAUCACUCCGCCAAGGGAGCCUCUCAGCGCGGAAGACGAAGUGGUGAAUUCAACACCAUUGCCUCCUUCUACGGUCCCGUCGAAACGGCUUGCCUCCAAUACCUUCGACAUGGAUGAGUAUGCAUCGCCGGCAUUCAUUAAACGAGCCAGAGUUUCGUACGGUUCUUUGUUCGAAGGUGAACCAGACCUCUUCGGAGACGACAAAGGAAAGAGGAAGAAUGGCGGGCGAAAGUCCCGUUUCAGUAUGGGCAAUGCAGUUUGGAGGUAUAGCAGCCGAUCGCCGAGCCCAGAAGCAAAGGACAUGUCAGAGCCUGAAAGCCCAGAGAACGAAUCAAAGGAAGAGAUGCACGCAACCGCAGACUCUAGCCACAUCAUCCCGACACCCCAACGGUCAGCCAUGGUCGACGAGGGGUCUCAAACCCAGGAACAUGGCUUCCAUUCCCCUAUGCAUGUUCAGGUGCCCAUCCCUGCCCCAGAGUUGACAGCCUCGCCAUUACUAGGGUUGUUUUCCGAAACAGGUCCAACUUCUCAUACUCCAUCAAGAAACUUAUUCAGUCGCCCACAGCCGCACCACGGAGUGUCUGGUGUCGCGCUCGCCACUAGUCAACACGAUGACAGCCUCGGUGUUGGAUUAUCGAGGAUACAUGUAGACAUGGUGUCGAAUGGUUUCGGGGCCGUGUCAGCGCCGGCAGAACUGGUGAGAAGCCAGGCGCCGUCUCUCGGAGCCACCGCUGUACCUAGCUACCCCGACUUUGCCACGACAGAACAAGCAUAUGCCGGGCCUGUACUGUACCACGAUCAAAACCUGCAAUUUCAAGAGCAUGAUGCUCAUUCAACAAACCCCGAAUUCCAACCUAUUUCCGAAGAGGCGAAUACACCGUGGCAUCCUGAGGCGGUAUCCUCAUAUCCACCGGUUCCAAGUGAGCGUCAAGACCCGCAAGUCGCAGUAAUAAUAGAGGGUUCCCCUUCUCUGGAGGUUGAAACCAGUCGUGAUGCGGGUUUCCGUACGUCGCAAGCAUCGGCAGAAGACGAGAGAGCACCUCGAGAUCAGGAAGCCUCGCCGAUAAAAGGACAGGUUUCAACACUAGGUGGGGAACAGCCUCACUUUGAAGAUGAUGGGGGGGACAUCAAAGGUGAAGACUACGACUUACGGAACUACGCACACACCCGCGAUGAUGAAGCUGUAUUGGAAGAAAUGUCUGAUGCUCCAGGCAGUCAUGCGGAUCAGCUAGUCGUAGAUUCGGAAGAUGGCGAUACAAGCGAGGAGGAAUAUGAAGGUGACGAGGAAGCAGACGAUGUGGGCGUGCAGCAUAGAGGAUCCUCAGAUGGGGAGCAGGAUGGAUUUUCCGGAUCAGAAAGCGACGAAAUGGUAGAAAGAGGAGAGGAAGAAGAGCGAUACUACGAGGAGGAAGGCACAGAUGAAGAGGACGGAUACGACGAGGACGAGGGAAUUGAAGAAGACUACGAUGAGGAGGAUUACGACGAAGAGGGAGAUGAUGGAGUGGACGGGAUACCAGCCCCGAGUAAACCGCAGGAGCCGGUUUGUAUCGACCUAAUAUCCGAUUCAGACGAUGAGGAAGAAGAAGACGAAACCCCGAAUGAAGAGCUCCAACACGAUUUGCGAGAGGAACAGGACCAGCGUGAGGAUGAAGCAUCUCCACCUGAAGCUGAAACAAUUGAACAGGACAUGGAAGAGCCUGCAACUGUGAGACAGCCCGAUGACCGCGAGGUAGAGGAGGACAGGGAAGAGUCAAGCCCAGCAGCCGACGAGGUCGACGAGGACUAUCCCGUUCAAACGAGCACGUCCUCCCAAGAUGCUGAAGUAGCCAGUGUUGUAGAGGAUCAGGAAGCACACGAUGAGAUGGAUGUCGACGAGGAGACGUCGGAGCCGGCCCAUCAGAAUGUCGUCGGAGAGACUGAAAUGCCUGGCACUGUGGUUCAGCAAACGACCGAGGACGACAUGCAAAAGAGAGCGUGGCACGAGGAGGACGAGACCGAAGCCUCACUGGUUGAGGGUGCCGAAAAAAGGACCAGCGAGGUAGAUGCCUCCGAGGAGCAAACAGUGGUCCAGGGGCCCUCUCCUGACACGGCUGGUGUUGAGAUGACGGAGUCUGUGCCAGCCGUCGACGCCCAGGAACCAGCUGCCAAACAGGGCGAGCCAGCUGUCGAGCAGGAACCUGAGCGAGGACCAGGUGAAGCCGAAGCUGCAGAACAUGUAGGGCUUCCUCCACGCACGGAACCGCAGGGCCCGGAAGAAAUCGCCGGACCUUUGCCUUCGCAAGAACAAGAAGAGUACGACGAUGCCGCUGCCGCCGAGGACCAAAUCAUGAAGGAAUAUCAGGAGUAUCAAUCCCCCGCCUACAAAGGUUCUGCGGCACGAGUCCAGCCCAGCACGGAAGCGCCCGCUGAGGCGCCCGAACAGACACAUCCACGGGAAUCCGACGUCCCCAUCACAGUCAGGUCACUCCGCAGCCGCCGCCAGCCUCAUCAAAAGACGCAAUCUGUUGACUCUACGGGUUCAGCGCACGAGGACCCGAGCGUGCUCUUGGCUCGGGCCAGCAGCCCAACACAUUCAGAUGAGCUCGAGCCUGAGCCGGCAGAGGCUACCAACGAGCCAAGCUCGCCGGGCAUGCUGCGCAUCCUUGGCCGGGCCAAACCCGACCACGCGGAUCCAAGCGUCCUCCUCGCCAGAUCGUCCCCGGAGCCAUCCAAGAGGGACGAAACACCGGGCCCGACAGUCCGCGUGACGCGCAGCAUGACAGAGCACACCGAAGGGCCGUCCUCCCCCACAAGACACCGAACAUGCAGGCGUCCGGCCACACCCGAAACCCAGACGACGCAUCGAGACGAUCAAACGCUCGCAUCCCCCUCCAUAGCAGGCUCCGUUGUCGAAGACGAGUCCCUUUCGACGCUGAAGCGUCAACUGCAGAAGGACUUGCGCACAAGACUGCCCGACUACGCGCCGCUCCGCUCCCUCCGCACAUCUCUCAACAAGACGGUCGACGUCCUCGCCGUAGCCACGUCGACGCCUCCGCAGCCGCACCGUCCCAAACACGGCCCGAGGGACUACAUGCUCGAGCUGACACUGAGCGACCCGUCGUCUGCGCCGUCGGGCAUCAGCGUGGCGCACAUAUUCCGCCCGCACCAAGCUUCCCUGCCCGUGGUCCACAAGGGAGAUGCCGUCCUGCUACGUCGUGUCACGGUGGUGUCCAUGAAGGGCCGUGGAUUCGGCGUCAGGGUCAGUGAUGCCUCGGCGUGGGCGGUGUUUGAGACGGGCGACGAGGAGAUGUUGCCGCAGAUCAAGGGACCGCCGGUGGAAGUCGCAGACGACGAGGUUGAGUAUGCAGGCGGGCUGAAGAAGUGGUGGGCCGCGCUGGAUCAAACGGCCAGGAGCAAGAUUGAUAGGGCCACGCAAAAGGUGGCGGGUUAG